UCUAUUUAAUUUUCGACAGGGUGAUGAUAUGACAUAUUUGCUUCUAUAUGUUGAUGAUAUUAUAUUAGCUACUUCAUCUGACAAGUUACGUGCAGGGAUCAUUUCUCAGUUACAAACUGAGUUCCCUAUGACUGAUUUGGGGCCAUUGAGUUAUUUUCUAGGGAUUGCGGUGACUCAAACUCCCUCUUAUUUGCUACUUUCACAGGAAAAUUAUGCACAGGAGAUUUUAGAGAGUGCAGGUAUGGGCUCAUGUAAACCUGCAGCUACUCCAGUUGACACUAAGUCAAAACUUAGUGCAGAUGUAGGACCACCGGUUCGGGAUCCAACUUUGUAUCGCAGUCUAGCAGGUGCUCUACAAUAUCUCACUUUCACUAGGCCAGAUAUUGCCUACGCGAUACAACAGGUGUGUCUUUUUAUGCAUGAUCCUCUGGAACCUCACUUUGAGGCAUUGAAACGCAUUCUGAGUUAUGUUCAGGGUACCAUUGAUCCCGGCUUACAUUUAUAUCCGACUGUUUCUCAUCGACUUAUUACUUACACUAACGCUGACUGGGGAGGUUGUCCCGAUACCCGACGUUCCACAUCGGGCUAUUGUUGUUUCCUUGGGGACAACCUCGUGUCUUGGUCAUCUAAGCGUCAACAUACUUUGUCUAAGUCGAGUGCAGAAGCAGAAUAUCGAGGCGUUGCAAAUGUUGUCUCAGAGGCAUGUUGGCUCCGUAAUCUCCUACUUGAGUUACAUUGUCCUCUACGGCAGGCUACUAUUGUUUAUUGUGAUAAUGUCAGCGCAAUUUACCUUUCUGUUAACCCGGUACAACACCAACGCACCAAACAUGUGGAGAUGGAUAUUCAUUUUGUUCGAGAAAAGGUUGCUUUGGGACAGGUUCGGGUUUUGCAUGUUCCUUCCAGAUAUCAGUUCGCAGACAUUUUCACUAAAGGCCUACCACGAGAAUUAUUUCUGGAAUUCAGGUGCAGUCUUAGCGUUCGCCCUCCUCCCGCUACGACUGCGGGGGUGUGAUAGAUAUUAUAGGAUCAUGAUAAUAUUUGUCGCAGAGCUAGGAUAUAUUUGUAUAUAUUUGUGAUAUAGUUUGUAUUCUUAUCAUACUAGGUUUCCUAACAGGGUUAGGACUAGUAUUGUAACACUAUAUAUAUUAUUCAAUGGUACACACUCCAACCCAAGGAGUUUUCUCGAAA